AUACAAACACUGGUGGCCUGACUGGUGGGCGAGAGGAAUGUCAACAAACAACAGCUGAUCGUGACAACCAGCCAAUGCUUUGAGGAAAUCUCAGCAACUUCACCACCAGGAGGGAUGGAACUCCUCAAGGAGGCCAAGAAUGUGGUGGACUUCGCAUCCUAUUAUCCGCUCCUCAACAAGGCCACCACAGACAAUGACACACCAACGCCAGGAUACGUGUAUGAAGAAAUUAUCAAGAUGAGCCACAACUCCUCUGGCCAUCGGCAACUACUGAUUGACUUUCUGCUGGCACGUCUGCACAGCUCCUCCUGGCCUGGGAAGCAGAAGGUGAUAAGAAUCUUCCAACACUUGUGUACUCGUGGCCACAGGGGGGUGAGGGUCACUCUGCGUGGCCAGGAUGGGGAGCUGCGCAAGGCUGCUGCUGCUGGAGGGCCACCUGACCCCUUGCUGGCCAACACACCGCAGCUUUUCCUCAGCUCUGCCAUACAGGAACUCCUGACUCAACUUUUUGACUCCAAGACAAUGAAGGAAGAUGAACAGUGGUUGGCAGGCAGGGACAAGUCAGAAGAAAGCAGCAGCAGUAGCCUGAGUGUGGCACCUCAAGGGUAUGGCUCCCAUGGGGUGAAGGGAAAGUAUGAAGGAUUUGGCAGCUCCCCUAAUGUCCCCAGUGAGAGUCUGGUGACACAGGUGCGAGGGAUGGUGGAGCGGGUGAUGUCCACCUCAGUGGACACCAACAGCCUGGACCUGCUGAAAGGGGACAAGGGAGACUACCAGCCAUUGUCCCUUCCCUCCCUGGGCUCUGUGCCACCCUCCCAGCCUGUCCCACAGAUCCAGAUGCAGCUUCUGUCUGCCUCACAGAAAAACAAGUACAAAGCCCACCGGAAGGGCCGCGCAGGGGGUGGCUGGGAGAGUGAUGAGGACACCCAGGAACUCCCAGCCUCCCCACUCACCUCAGAUCUGGACCUUUCCCCGGGCCCUGCCAGCAGCCACUCCUCCUCUGAUGCACACUCUUCAGGGGUGGCAGAAGAACAGCUCCUGAACACCCUCACAGACGCCAAGAUGAGGUGGCCGUUGGACCAUGACAUGCUGGUGGGGAUCAGCCGGGACUGUGCCACCCUCAACCUUCCCCUCCUACUGGGGAAAAUCAGCAACAAGUGUUCACUGCUUGCUGCACCCACCACCAAUGACCCUCAGGCUGGUGAAAUCUCCAGCAGCAGCACAAACUAUCCUUUCCUGAUUGGUUGUGACUCAAAGGAUGCGGUCCCUCCCCUUGCCAGCCCUGAUGCAGACACCAGGACCACACGACUCCUGGCCUUGCUGCUGCUGGUGGAGUUUGGGAUGCACUAUGAUGUUCUUCCUCCUGCUCUGGUCCAUUCCCACUUGGGCCAGACUCUCACUGCAGUCAAGGAGAACAAGAAUCUAGAGUCCGCAGUGCAGCUCAAGGCAAGGAAGCUUUCUCUUAUUGUAUCUAACUUUGUGUAAAAGAAGCAUUGUUGUUAUGAAUGUGUGUCCCUGUGUUGUGAUACUCCUCUGAGUAAACUUUAUGUUUGCCA